CCGCUUUUAUGAGAGAGAACCGCGCCUGAAAAUCCAACUCAGGCUUUGUCCGGUGCGCGAGGAGUACGAACGCUUCCACUUCGCUUCCACGAACGGCAGAAAAAUCCUAAAAAAUGGCAUCCUUCAGCAGAGUUUCCAUCCUCAAGAUCAUAGAAUUGGUCUUGACAUGCGUCCUGAUCGGGCUGCACUACCACAGUUUUGAGGCAGCUGAUCUUCAUGCCCACAUCAUCAUCUCAGCCACCUUUGGAGGUUUCCUUGUUGUCCUGGCUGGCAUCUUUGCGGGCAUUAUUUCUGGCCAGCCCAUGCCCAAGCGUGUUGACAUGUUCUACAGCUUGUGUGGUGUUGCCCUUUUCGCUGCUAGCGGUGUGCUGACCAUUCAGUACUACAACAACCAGUGGAUCACCAUCGAUAAGGACAAAAAGAACAUCGGCGUUGCCAAGGGUUCCAUUGCCAUCAUCAACGCCGUCAUUUUCCUGCUCGACCUCGUUUUCACUUUCCGCGAUUGAAACAGCUGAUUUCAACCAGCCCUAACUCUGUGGCUCUGCCGUUUCAUAAAUUUUAAUAUCUGCAUUUCUACCCACCAUUUUUCCCUUUGCACAAAAUAAACCUCAAGUUGAGGGUACAAACUUUGCAUGAAAUAAUAUUUAUGGGUGUUUUUAAAUUUUAAAUAAAAUAAAUAUCAAAAUAGUGAGCGUUGCUGAUAAAAAAAAAAUACAUACUGACUGAGAUUACAGUAGGCUCUGACAAAGGAAAAAAAAAGAAAACACGUCUAACCCUAAAAGUCUGCUAAGCUGAAAGCUAAUAUAAAAUUAAGAAUCUGAUGUUUUAUAUAAUUGUGUGUCUCUAAAUGGAAAUAAAAUUAUUAUAUUUUCACCUCA